AUGGAUGGGCAUAACACAAGCACACAGGUGUCACACAGAACUGUUCGUGAUGCAGAAGUUCAGUGCAGCCCUUCAACCACUUCACGCCACAGUGGGCCAAACCAGAGAACUUCUUGUUUCAGUGGCUAUGAAAGCGUAAAAUCAUGCUCUUCUGCCAUGAGAGAUCUCUGUGGUGUCACACUGGAAAUGUAUGCAGUUUUAUUUGCGCUGCUGCCUGUCGCUGCUGACCGCUCAUGUGAUGUUUCCAUGCAUGACAGACUCCUGCUUUUUUUAAUGAAGCUAAAGUUGGGCAUUACGUACUCAUCACUUGCCAUUUUGUUUUCUGUAAGCAGAAUGACUGCUGCAAGGCAUUUUAAUAGCGUGCUUCGCACAUUGGCUGCCGCAACUCAGAAAUGGAUAUUCGUUCCACCCAGACACAUCAUCAGGUCUCUAAUGCCCAAUUGCUUCAAAGUACACUACCCAAAUUGCACCAUGAUUAUAGAUUGCACGGAGGUUCCCACAGAGCAGCCAGCUUCUGUAGCACAGCAGAGGGCACUCUAUUCAAACUACAAGGGUGGCUACACGCUGAAAUUUCUUGUAGCAAUCACACCGAAUGGAGCUGUCUGUUUUCAUUCUAAGGCAUAUCGUGGAAGGUGUUCUGAUGCUUUCAUCACAGUGCAUUCCGACUUCCUCAAAGAAGUAGAACCAGGCGACAUGAUCAUGGCAGAUAAGGGGUUUCCUGGCAUUACCACGUAUCUCGGGAAGGCAGGGGCUGUACUUGUUAUGCCUCCUUUUCUCAGAGGCCAGGGUCAGUUCUCGGAGGCCGAUGUAGAGCAGACUUAUAACAUUGCAAGAGUGCGAAUUCAUGUGGAACGUAUGAUCCAGCGGAUCAAGAUGUACAAUGUGUUAAAUACACGUGUGCCCAUUGAAUUGAUUCCUGCCAUGUCCGACGUUUUCCAUGUGUGUUGUGUACUGGCUAAUAUGCAGCCUCCAAUAAUAAAGGAGCCAACGACUGCAGAAUCGUAAGUCAGCCGAAUUUGGGUAUUUCAGUCAGCUUCAUUUCAAGUGUUAAAUAUAAACCCUCAGCUCUGUUAUUCACUGUCAGACAUGGGGCUGUAUCGCGUGUAUGUGUACUGCUAAAACUUUUUCCUUGACAAGAAAAGGAGGCUAUAGAAUACAAUAUUGUUUGCCUUUUCAUAUUUCAAAAGUAUGUUCUAUCUUUGAUGCACCAUCCACUUUAGGUGUUAUGGAUGCGUGCGCUGUGCAACCUCAUUAAAACCUUUUGAAUAGUAGGUCAAGCUCUUGUACUAGUAUUAGCUUUUAACCAGGGACAAAUCAAGCCAGAGUGCCAAUGCAUAUGGAGUAUAUGAUUCAACGGAUCAAGUUGUACAAUGCUUUAAAUACACGUGUGCCAACUGAAUUGAUUCCUGUCAUGUGCAAUGUUUUCCAUGUUUGUUGUGUACUAGCUAAUAUUUAGCAUCCAAUAAUAAGAGAGCCGACAACUGCAGACAUCUCAAGUCAGCUGAAUUUGA